CUCAAUUACCACCAUUCCUCCUCGACAGUCUCACCUAACCACUCCACUGCUGAGACGCCGCGUUCAUUGCUCGACCGACGUUACUAGCAGGCCGCCCCGCCGUCUCGCUCGGACGACCGACGAUAACAAAUUCACCACUUCACGCGGCGCCGCGUCGCACUCUCCUCCUCCUCUCCUCUGCCACCUCCUGCGAUCCUCACGUCCCCACCCCGAUCACGUUCUCUUCUCGAGUAUGAGAGUACCAUUACUCUCUCAACGAUAGUGCUCGCUCCGGGCCAUGCAGAACGCACGAGGUUCUGCCAUGUCUUCACAGUCCGGUGGCCCUCCAGCCGUGGUGCAGCGAUCGCCAUUCCCCAAACUCGCUAUAUGGACCACCAAGUUCUCCGAUUCCAACGUCAAUACUUUUUGUGGUGCAACGGCCGGCCUCGCCGCUGCCAUUGCCACAUGCCCGUUGGAUGUGAUCAAGACCAAGCUGCAGGCACAAGGCUCCUUCUCCAACCCAGAUUUGCAACACAAAGGCCCUCCAGUGGGUGAAAUGUACCGGGGACUGGUAGGGACGGCGAAGGUAAUCAUCCGGCAAGACGGGAUCAAGGGCCUGUACCGGGGUAUCACUCCAAUGGCAUUGGGGUACACGCCUACCUGGGCUGUGUACAUGACUGUGUUUCAGGCCGGAAGUGAAUAUCUUCGCACCAAUGGCUAUGGCGACACACCUGUAAAGAUGUUCAUGUGUCGUAUGUUUGCCGCUGUCAUCGCUGGAGGUUGCAGCACCCUCACCACGAAUCCAAUUUGGGUGAUCAAGACUCGAUUCAUGUCGCAACCCUCACGCUCAGCUUCGGACGGUACCAAGUCACUCUUGCGUUACUCCAGCACCAUGGAUGCUGCCCGCCAAAUUUACAGGUCGGAAGGUCUUGCGGCAUUCUACGCCGGUCUCGCUCCCGCCAUGCUCGGCCUCUCGCACGUCGCCAUCCAGUUUCCUAUGUACGAAUAUCUCAAAGCCCGGUUUGCUGGCCUCGAACUUGGUGUGGAAAGUAGACCAGAUGAAGUCCAAAGCCGCCAAACCGCAUGGGCAGUCACGGCAGCAUCUAUGAUCAGCAAACUUUGUGCCUCUACAGCAACCUACCCUCACGAAGUGAUCCGAACACGACUGCAGACACAGCAGAUCCUGCACCCCGAGUAUGCACACAAUGGCGUAGGUGAACACAGUCGGAGUAUCUCCAGUUCUAGGAGAAUUGCGAAUACUGACGGCGUGGCUUACCAGCCGAGGUAUCGAGGUUUGGUGUACACCUUCCGCACCAUUCUGAAAGAGGAAGGGUGGAGAGCAUUUUACAAUGGCCUGGGAACGAACCUGGUCCGCGCCGUUCCUUCGGCCGUGACCACCAUGUUGACGUUCGAGACCGUGAAAACGGCCAUUGUGGACCUGCAAAGCGAGGGCAAGGUGUUGAAGGGGGAAAAUUCCCCAGACUGAUGAGCCAAGGUUUACGAAGACAUGAUGGCGUUCGACUGUGCGCACGAGAAGAAGCAUGGCGUCAAGGAUCCGGGAGCGAUGAACAUAGAGAGAGAGAGAGAGAGAGGGUGUACAUACCUAUCGACGAAUGAUUAGCGGGCGCAAGGGUGGCGGGCUGUUCUGAUGCAUGAGCAAAGCGUGCAUUUGCUUUUUUUGUUUUUGUUCUUCUUUUUCUGCUUUUUUGUUUUCUGUUUUGCAUCUUUCUGAGCGAGCAACAGUAGAUUGACACACUGUACCGAGACCUGUUCGGCAGUGCAUGUCAGGGGCAUUUUACUACGAAGAGCGUGGCGUUUAGGUGAACAAGAGAGAAAAAAAGACCUGCCGGAGCAAGACGCAGGCAGCAUGGGAGGAUGAUUACUUUUGCUGUACCUAUCAUACCUAUCGCAAGCAUGAAUCAGGG